AUGGAUCUGCUACUCCCUCAGGCUAUACCAAUGGCUUUCAAGUUUGGGGUCAAACUUACUCAAGCUACAUGUCUUUCAGAUGAUUUGGAUAUCACAAUAGUUGAUGCUCAGACUGAUUUCAAACAUGCCUUGGUGCUUCAGGACUGCAAUAAUAACAUCAGUGUCUCCUUAGAUUGGAAUGCGCAUCAAGAUUGGGUACCUCAACAAGAAUUCCCAAACCUCUGCGCUAGCAAGGCAUUUUUAGAUAGUCAUAUAAACCAGGAAUCGGCAGUUUACAAUAUGGACCUAAAUCAAGAGAGUCAUCACGUAGUCAAUGACCAUAUUAUGGGCAAAGACUACCCUCAACAAGAGUCCAUGCAUAUGCCCAGUACAUAUGUUGAACCACCCCUAUAUAAUGAACAUGACAUAUUGGUUGCUGCUGUCCUCCAACUCCAUUCUUCUUCAUCCAUCACAGUACAAAUUUCUGCUAUUUGGGCUUCUGUUGCAGAGCACCUGAUGCAGCUCAUAGUGCUUCUUGUUUCAAUAAUGCACAUAGAAGUAGAAGAUGGUGUAGGCAUAAUUUUGCAAGUUCAAAGAGAUGAUACUCACCAAAAAAGUGGGAGGAUUCCAAUACGAGAAGUGUCCCAUAAUACAAGCAGGAUUAUCUUUGAGCUCUGGGACUGGAGUCAACAUAUACGCCCAAGGUUGCGGAUCAUGGUUAUGUGGGAUGCUAUUGUGUUUAUCUGUGAGAAUCACCUCCUCAAUUCCAACUUGAUGCUAUCGCCAUCAUUUUCCUUCCUGGCCCAGCACAAUAUCUAUCACAACCUGAAAACAGGGUUCAGCAGACCACACAAUAGUGAAAAGAUCAAAAUUACCUUCUCUCAAAUUGGGGUGUUGAGUGUUUCUGGCCUCAAGCAGGGAUUGGAGAACUUAGUGAAUGUGGAGAGUAUCAGAAUAGAAGAUGAGCUGAAUGAGUUUCAGCUCUACAAGAGGUUUUCUGGAAAAAAUGUCAGUAUUGACUCUUGGUUCAACCAAAGUUGUGGGAUCUGGCGUCUGGUAUCACUGUUUGAUUCUAUCAGUGACAUGGUAGCUGAACACAAUUGGCAAAUUUAUGAGCAAGAUGACAAAGAGAAUUUGGUGCAACCUCAAGACUAUAGUGAAGAAGGGUUUAAGGAACUUGUAUAUUAUGUUCCUGCCCUCAAGAAAAAGCUGAAUGAAGAUUUUGCAAGUAAUAAAGAACUAGCUUCCAUCUACAAGCAGUUACAAAAAGGAUUGGAUGGAGCGCAAGGCGACAACACUGGGAAUAUGAAGCCUGCGGCAGUGCAGUGGCUUCCAGAGUUAUUCCCUACAUUGUUUACUACUACUCUUGAUCCUCUAGACAAAAGUUGGCAAGGCUUCUUGCACAAUCUCACAGGCAGCCUUAUUUGCCCUAUCACAGCAAAUUUGUGGCCAACCUUCAUGUAUGCUAAUUAUAAGUACAACCCCAAGGAUAUUGAGAAGGGGUUAUUCCAAAGCACCUUAUUGCUCAAACUUUAUUUUAACUACCAGCAGUUAUAUAACAAUAUACUGGACUUCUUCAAAAUGCCCCCAGGCCCAACUAGUAAGACCAAAAUCGAAAACCUUCUUUUAUGGUGGAACAGGAAAGUAUUUGGACAUUCACAAGCAGCAGUGUAUUCUCCACAAGCUAUUGAAAACACGUUGGUUUCAUGUCAACAAAUUGAAUGA